AUGAAGAGAAAAAAUACUAGAUUGAUGAAAGAAUAUUUGUACAGAAAGAGCUUAGAAGGCAAAGAACGCCUUCUCUACGAGAACAAGUGCAAGAUUAGGGAAGCUCUGCAAGAGGGUAAACCGAUUCCCACUGAGCUUCGGAAUGAAGAGGCGGAGCUUCGUCGAGAAAUCGAUCUCGAAGAUGAGAACACUGCUGUCCCAAGGACACAUAUAGACGAUGAGUAUGCAAAAGCAGCAGAAAGAGAUCCCAAGAUUUUGAUAACUACUUCCCGGAAUCCAAGUGCUCCUCUAGUACAAUUUGCAAAGGAACUGAAACUUGUUUUUCCUAAUGCACAACAAAUGAACCGUGGUGGUCAGGUUAUUUCUGAAAUUAUUGAAACUUGCCGUGCACAUGAUUUUACAGAUGUUGUUUUGGUUCAUGAAAAUCGUGGCAUACCUGAUGGUUUGUUCAUAACCCACCUUCCUUUUGGUCCAACGGCUUUAUUCGAACUGCGCAAUGUGGUUACAAGACAUGACAUCAAGGACAAGAAAGCUAUGGGAACCAUGCCGCAGGUUUAUCCACAUGUGAUUCUUGACAAUUUCACGACUAAGUUGGGUGAGAGAACAGCAAAUAUUUUGAAACAUCUCUUUCCAGUGCCAAAGCCAGAAACAAAGCGCAUAAUCACUUUCGCCAAUCAGUCAGACUAUAUUUCAUUCAGGCAUCAUACUUAUGAGAAGCAUGGAGGUCCUAAAUCCAUCGUUCUGGAGGAGAUUGGUCCUCGGUUUGAAAUGAGGCUUUUCAAGAUAAAGUUGGGAACACUGGAUCAGACUGAAGCCCAGGAUGAAUGGGUCUUCAAGCCAUACAUGAACACAGCGAAGAAACAGAAGUUUAUAGGGAUUUGA